CAUCACGGCCGUAGCGAUGGAUGGCGAGGCGAGCUGUCGUAGCUGGUUGCUCAGCUGCUAAAGCCGCGGUGAAGUGAGACGCAUCUAACGGUCGAUCGGCGUCCCUCGCCGUUAAAAGCAGUGUGCGGAGCGGACCCUACCGGACGGGUACUCGGUGGCCAGAGUGUGGCGUUAUGGCUGAGCCGGAGCUUCUGCUGGACUCCAAUAUUCGACUCUGGGUCGUGUUGCCCAUUGUGUUUAUUACCUUCCUGGUCGGAGUUAUUCGGCAUUACGUUUCCAUCCUUCUUCAAAGUGACAAGAAGUUGACGUUAGAACAGGUGUCGGACAGCCAGGUCCUUAUCAGAAGCCGGAUUCUCAGAGAGAAUGGAAAAUACAUUCCUAAACAGUCUUUCUUGAUGAGGAAGUUCUACUUCAAUAAUCAAGAAGAUGGAUUCUUCAAGAAGACCAAAAGAAAGGUUGUUCCUCCAUCCCCAAUGACAGACCCCAGUAUGCUGACGGACAUGAUGAAAGGCAACGUGACCAACGUGCUUCCCAUGAUCCUCAUCGGUGGCUGGAUCAACUGGACCUUUUCCGGAUUUGUUACAACCAAGGUUCCCUUCCCUCUCACGCUACGCUUCAAGCCCAUGCUGCAACAGGGAAUUGAGCUGCUCUCUCUAGAUGCCUCUUGGGUGAGCUCAGCGUCCUGGUAUUUCCUGAAUGUCUUUGGACUGCGAAGCAUGUACUCGUUAAUCCUAGGACAAGACAAUGGUGCAGAUCAGUCCCGGAUCAUGCAAGAGCAGAUGAGCGGCGCCGCCAUGGCCAUGCCUGCGGACACGAAUAAAGCCUUCAAGGCUGAAUGGGAGGCACUUGAGCUAACCGACCAUCAGUGGGCACUUGAGAGCGUCGAGGAGGAGCUGAUGAGCAGGGAGCUGGACUUCGACGGAAUGUUUAGCAAGGAGCUGCCGACCGGCAUCUUCUGAUCGCCCCUUCC